GCAGUUCAAUGUUACAUGAAAUGUCAAAAUCGUACUCCCAGAUUUUUUUUCAAUAUCACAACGAAAUUCGGUACCGCGUGGCUAUUUUUUCGAUUUGGUAAAAAAACCAAAAGAGCGAAGGGAAUAACCUUGCAGGAGUUUAUGUCCGAAGGGAAACCCAUCAAUUCAUCUCAAGUGACAAAGACUGUAACUUCAUGGGCGGAUGCUGUAGAAGAAGAAGAUCAAUGUCGUCCAGUGCAAACAUUUUCAUUGCCAACGGCUCCGCGUGCCAGUCGCGUUUUCGAUUAUGUUCCAGAAAACUCACCGUUCACGGCUUACCUAUCGAAACUUCCGUACGAUGCAAACAGAGAGGAUAUCGAGGAAUUCUUUGCCGAAAUGAAUAUCACGGACAUAAAACUACCGCGCGAAGAUGACAACAGCUCCAAGAAUCGAGGCUUCGCUUACAUUGAAUUUGCCAAAAGAGAAGAUUUGAUUGCAGCGAUCAGUAUACCCGAUCCCACACUGAUGAAUCGUCGUUUCAAAAUUGAUUUGCCUAAUGAAGAACAAGGAAAACGUGGAGAUCGUGGCGGUCGUGGAAGAUAUGACAAUAUCGGAAGCAAUGUUGAUGAAACGUCUACAAACUGGCGCAAGGAUAUCCGUGAAGAUAAUGAUGGUGGUGGCCUUGGUCGACGUGGAGGUUACGGAAGUUACGGCCGUGACAACCGCCAAAAUAGAGAUCCAUCCCCAGAAACGGGUAAUUGGAGGGACAAACAAAGACCUCGUUCAGAUUCUCCUCCACCGGAUCGUUUUCAGAAAGGAAGAGGCGGCUACAAUCAGGACCGUGACCGUGAUAAUAACGAUUUUCGACGUGACGGACGUGACGGGCGUGACGGCGAUCGAGAUCGAUAUCCACGAAGAAAUAAUCAGAACAAUGGCUAUGAAGAGCGUAAUAACAGAGAAGUCGCUGAUGAUGCACCUCGAGGCGAAAGACCGAAACUAAAUUUAGCACCACGAACCUUACCGAUGCCAGAGUUGAAAGUAGACGAAGAAGUCAAGAAGGAAGAGGAAGAAGUUCCAGCUGUUGUUGAAGUGGAACCUCCACGACCGAAACCUACACCGGUUCCAGCAGCUACGAUUUUCGGCAGUGCUAAGCCGGUUGAUACGGCGGCCAAGGAACGUGAAAUCGAAGAACGAUUGGAAAAGCAACGAGCGGCGGAAGAAGAACGAGAACGUGAGCGAAUUGAAAAGGCUGCUACCGAGGAGAGCAGUGAAAAGGAGCCUGAGGAAGUUGUUGAAGAUAAUCAGGUAAAUAGUUGGCGUCGGCGCGACAAUGACAGAAGCGGUGAUGAUUUACCUCGCACUCAAUCCCCACCACGUAACAGGCGAUACAGUCCGGACAGACGUGGCGGAAGGAAAUUUGAUGAUCGAAGAGGCGGUAGAGAUCGAGACUACGAUAACUAUCACCGUCGUGACAACAGAGACAGAGAUAAUCGAGAUAACAGAGAUAGCCGCGACAACAGAGACAGUCGGGAUCAAAGAAAUCAAAGAGAUCAGCGAGGGGACCGAAAUCGUGGAGACAAUUUUAAUCGUGCAGCAAGCGGCGUUAAUCGGAAUGAGGUUAGAGCCCCUCGUGACGACAAAGAGAAACCGCCUCGUCGUGACAAGAGUGGUGAAGCCAGAGACAUUGAUCGCAUGCCUAAGUAUCAAGCGCCAGUAAAACCUAAAUUGCAAAUGUCAAACAAGUAUGAAGAUCUUCUCGACGAGGAUGGUUCAGACUAAAUUCAUAACGGUAGGACCACAUAAACGUUCAGUUAAUUUCGUUUGUCCGCUUGCCUCCAGAAAUGUUUUUACGUUAUGUUCCAAUUGUUCAAUAAUGCUGCGGCCAUUCGAUAAUAUUUUGCUUCUGUUUUGAGUGUGAACACAUCCCAUAAAAUGUGUAAAAUACGAAAACUGAAAUUGAAUUUUUAUUAAAAGCCAAGUAUAUACAACCAGCCGGUGAAAUGAAAAUUCGACACAAAAUGGGUCAUCUGUCAAAAAUUUUCAGCUCAUGCGGAAAAAUGUAUGAAAAUUUCAUUUCACCGACUGGUUGUAUAUGACUUGACUAGAAUGGAAAGAUGACCGAUUUGUAUUCGUCUCUUCGAGGACAUUGGUCACCAGAACACCAAAAAAAAAAAAACAUUUCUGGAGGAGAGUGAGAGAUAUAGAAAAAUAAAGAAAAAAUUAAAAUAAAAAGAGAGAAAAAUCCGUUAAGCGACAAAAACAUUUAAGUAAUUUUUGCGAAUUGAUCAAACAUUUUAUUAUCGACAGAGAAUUAGAGAGAGUGACACGCCACACACCAGAGAGCGAAAAGUAUAAAAUAUUUUCAAAUUUUAUGUUAAUUAUUGAUGAUCGAAAAACGGAGAGAAAAAAGGAAGGGAAAAACGAAAUGAAAAUGAAGGAACGAAGGGGGAUAUAUAUAUAAUGUGAAGCAAAAGAAAUUCAAAUAUAAAAAGGAAAGGAAAAAAAUUAAUUUAAAAAACAAAAUGAAAUAAAAACGAAGACUACUGAGAAGAAAAACAACAAUUAAAUUGAUUUUAUUGUAAUGGGUUUGUUUUCACUAGACUUAUGAAGAAAAUUGUGCUUUUUUCCGUAUGAAAUAUAUGUACACACAAUACAUGCCUCUAUAUAAAUGUAUGCGUGUACGUGUGUUCAAUCGUUUUUUUUUUUUUAAAUCAAAUUAAUAUUAUAAUAGAGAAGUACUGGUGUUUAUGUUAUUAUUAUUAUUAUUAAAUUAUUAGUUAAAUAAAUGUUUGUAUAAUUUUGAGCUACAGCUGUAUUUCUUGACUAGCAAAGAAGUAACCAACAAAAAACAAAUCACAUAAAAUGGUGGAUAUAAGGAAAAAUAUU